UCUCGGACUAGUUUUAUCGCAAACCAAUUCCUAUCUAUCUAAACUCCAACGAACAAUUUGCGAUAACCAACAAUCCUACGAUAAAACCUCUUAGCAUACAAUAUAUCUUCAAUCUUCUGUCUCCACCUCUAUCCCCCGCUCAGGAUACUCUACCUCGAAACCCUCAAUCAAUAAAUCAACAAAACCCCCUCAAAAUGCCCACCAAGGAACCACUAAGAAACGCCCUCACCUUCGAAAAAAAGAAUAAAGACAUGCUAAAGCUCCCCAAACAUGCCGGAAUUCAAAAACGCCCUAUCCCCCACGCCCCAAUAGCAUCCCCAUACGCCGGCUCCAGCGUCCCCAAGAUCGUCUACAUGUCAACCAACACGCCCUUCAUGAGCGCCGUGAAACGCGUACAGAAGUUCCUCCGACAGGCUGAGAAACGCGCGACCGCGUCCGUGAACCUAUCAAGCACCAAGAAGCGGGACCGGGAGAGACUGGCGCAGAUUGCGCGCGGGAAUGAAUCGUUGAAGAAAGAGGAGGUGUUUGUUAAGGCGACGGGGCGGGCGAUUGAGAAGGCGCUGCGUGUGGGGAAAUGGUUCGAGGAGAGGGAGAGCGAGUAUGCGGUGCGUGUUGAGACGGGGAGUGUACUUGUUGUUGAUGAUGUUGUAGAGGAUGAGGAGAGGAAGAGGAAGUUGGAGGAAAAGGUGAAGGGUGAUGCUUUGCAGGGUUCGGAGUCUGCGGCGAAGAAGCAGAGGCGGGCUGCUAACGCUUUAGCGGUUGCUGAGGAAGAGGAGUUGCCUGAGACGAGGACGCGGUGGGUGAAUAAGGUGGAAGUUUCUAUUGCCUUUAAAUGAAGGGUGUGCAUGGGUUCUGGGAAGAAAUUUUGGACUUGAUGGUCGACCUAGAAUCGAGAUGAGGGAGAGCAGUUGCUGGGGAUAACGCAGGUCGUUUACCCAAAGUGCUCAUGCGAUGUUA